AUGUUGUCAUCCUCAAAGGCGGGACUUUCUCCUGACGGACGGGAACUCCUGACGGAUGACGUUUCUGAGUGUGCAAACGAUGAGCAGCUUCGGCAGCUAGUCCGAAGCAUCGAAACUGGUUUAUUGAUUCCUUUGAAAGCACAGGGUGGCAAAACGCCCACCGAUAUCACUCCGUCUCCACGCCCUGGCGUUGAAGAUUCAAUCGAGAAUCUUAAGACCCAGAACAUCGAGCCCAUCACUGGAGGCCCUCAAUCGCAACUCCGGCACCACUGUUUAGAAAGAGAUGGUUAUAAAUGUGUUGCAACGGGGAGGUACAGUGGCGAUCACGCCCAUCCACAGAAUGCACCCACGACUUAUCUUGAAGCGGCCCAUAUUAUUCCAUUUGCACUUGGAUCCUUUCAGCCAAAUGACGGCGAGGCAAUGGAUAGACAUGCAAAGAUUUGGGUUAACCUAAGGCGCUUCUUUCCGGUUCUUCGCCGAUCCCGCGCUUCUCAAAAUCACGCUUGUAUUGGAAACUUUCUGCAUAUGAGUGGCCAGGCGGAGAUUAUCGACAAGGUCCUGAAAGAUUUCGAAGAUUGUGGCGGGCUUGCCUCGGACGGAAGCUCCAACCUUGAAGACCUUCUUGCAGUGAGCCGCCUCUCACUACUACACACGAAUGUCAACGAAAUGCCCGAUUCCAAGAAGCCUACAGAGAAGCAACGUCAUAUGGAGAAGUCACGCCCUAUGGCGCAGCAAGGACGCCAACGGGCGAAACGUUUUGACUCUGAGAAUCAACCAUGGGGAUACGACCUGAUUUGA